GCGAACCUCUACGGCGAGCCGAGAGUGGAAGUAUGGCCGACAGCGUGCGUUUCUCGGAGUCGUUCGGCGCAACGUAGCUAAACUCUCGUGCGUUCCCCGUAUAUCUCUGUUAAGAAGUGCGCGCGUGCGGUGGCACACGCGGCAAUGAAUCCGGCUUGGUCGCCGCGAUAACGUGGAGCGUCCGGAACGGAAGUGAUCCUUAUAGAUAAACUGAAACCUUUUGAACGUAAUAAUAUGGCGAGUCCUUCGCCGCAGUCCUCACCCAUGCCACCACCACAAGCACCUAGCCCGAUGGGCCCUCCGCAACAGGCACCGUCCCCGUCCAAUGCACAGGGCAGUCCGAUGGGACCGCCGCAGCAUCAUCCUCACAGCCCGACGCAAGGUUAUCAAGGUGGCCCGCCAGGAGGACCACCUAUGUCGCAACCGUCGCAACAACCGCCACCUCAGCAGCAGAGUUAUCCACCCCACCCGCAGCAAAUGCCACCUAAUAUGGGUCCACAGAAGGAAUCUGGUGCCUUCGACCAUACCUUUUGGUCAUAUAAUACAGUUAGUAGUCGUGCAUGUACAGGCAUAUAUUAUGAGAAUCAAGGUCCAGGCGGCCCAGUCGGACAGGUACCUACCUCCCAAGGUCCCGGAGGACCAAUGGUACCCGGACAAAUGGGUCCGAAUGGACCACAAAGUGGAUCUCACAUGAUGCAAAGUGGUCCUAAUCAGAUGGGUUCUAACGUACCCGGACAGAUGGGACCGGGAGGCCCAGGACAAAUGGGUCCGGGAGGACCUGGCCAAAUGGGCCCUGGAGGGCCUGGACAGAUGGGACCAGGAGGCCCGGGACAAAUGGGUCCCGGAGUACCCGGUCAAAUGGGUCCAGGAGGUCCCGGACAAAUGGCUCCGUCUCAUAUGGUGCAAGGUGGAGGUCCUCCUGGUGGACCUCAUAUGGGCCAGGGUGGCCCAGGGCAAAUGGGUCCAACUAGCGGGCCUGUUCCAGGAUCUCAGAUGGGUACCGGAGGUCCUCAAAAUUCUCAAAUGGUGCCUGGUGGACCUGGCCCCGGGCAUAUGGGUGGACCUCCAAGUCACAUGAACGCAAGCGGUCCACCAGGACCAGGCCACAUAACUGCUGGUGGUCCUCCCGGUCCAGGACAUAUGGGUAACACAGGACCUCCAGUAUCAGGACACAUGAACGCCAGCGGACCACCUGGAUCAGGACAUAUGAACGCGAGUGGUCCUCCUGGACCAGGUCACAUGAACACUAGUGGACCUCCUGGAUCAGGUGGUCAUAUGAACAGCGGCCCGCCGAUUCCAAGUCAUAUGAAUGCAAGUGGUCCGCCAGUAUCUACACAUAUGAAUGCAAGUGGUCCGGGAAGUCAUAUGGGUCCUGGCGCUCCCGGUCAAAUACCCGCAAGUGGUCCCACAGUGCAUAAUAUGGGUCCAGGAGGUCCGAAUCAAAUGGGUCCGAGUGGCCCAAAUCAGAUGAUGGCGAACAGUCAAACGCAAAUGGGGCCUAGUGGGCCGAUGGGUCCCGUUGGACCAACAGGACAAAUUGGACCGAAUGGACCUGGGCAAAUGGGUCAUAAUGGGCCAUCACAGAUGGGUCCAAAUGGACCUACACAGAUGGGCAUGGGUGGUCCACCUGGACAAAUGAGUAUGAAUGCACCGGGCGGACAAAUGGGCCCUGGCGGACCUGGUAAUCAGAUGGGACCUGCAGGGGCGGGUAACCAAAUGGGACCAAAUGCUCCAGGCAGUCAAAUGGGACCUGCCGGUCCAGGCGGACAAAUGGGACCGGGAAGCGGUUCCGUAAGCCAAUUAGGACCCAACAGUCUUGGACAAAUGGGUCCUGGAAGUGGCCCAGGAAACGUACCAAUGACAACAAGUAGUGGACCUGUUUCUAUAGGGCCUAAUGGACCCACCGGAAUAGGUGUAGCCAGCGGGCCUGGUGGACAAAUGACUUCUAGCAGCGGUCCCGGAGGACAAAUGAGUGCAGUAGGUCCUGGAGGUGGCUCUGGAGGACAAAUGGGCCCAGGGAACGGUCCUGGAGUACAAAUGAAUGCCGGCAGUGGUCCGGGCGGUCAAAUGGUGCCUGGAGGCGUACCUGGACAGAUGGGACCAGGCAGUGGACAGAUGGGACAUGGUGGUAGUGGACCCGGAGGCCAAAUGGGACCUGGAAGCGGACCUGGUGGACAGAUGGGGCCAGGCAGUGGUCCCGCUGGUCAGAUGGGACCAGGGGGACAAAUUCCAUCUAGUGGUCCAGGACAGAUGAUGCAAGGAGGCCCAGGUGUUCAAAUGGGUCCGAAUGCUCCGAGCAAUCAAAUGGGACCUGGUGGGCCGAAUAGUCAAAUGGGACCAUGUGGUCCAAGUAAUCAAAUUAGUCAUACGAACGCAAGUGGGCAAAUGGGACCUAAUGGACCGAAUGUUCAACCUCCUACCACUCAAAUAGGUCCUGGGAGUCAAAAUCAAGGCCAAAUUCCCGGUAGCACAGCACCAUUAGGAUCGGGUGCUCCAGUGAAUCAAAUGAGUCAAACUGGACCUACCGGACCUACUGGACCACCAGGAUCAGGACAAGAGAAUUUGAAUGCGCUUCAAAAGGCAAUUGAUUCCAUGGAAGAAAAGGGGUUGCAAGAAGAUCCGCGAUAUUCUCAAUUGUUAGCCUUAAGAGCUCGUCAAGGCAGUGGCAUGGGAGACAAGCAAGCCUUCAAUACACAACAAUUGCAACAAUUACGAGCUCAGAUAAUGGCGUACAGAUUACUAGCAAGAAAUCAACCUGUACCUCAACAAGUUGCGCUAGCUGCUCAAGGUGGCGCGCCUCCUCCUCCGGGGAUGAGUCAACGCCCCAUAGAUCCGUCUCAGGGCCCUGUUUCAACAGCUGGGCCACAAAUACCAGGUCCGAAUGUUAUUGGUCCCACAGGUGCUCCUAGACCGGGCUGUCAAACGCCGCAGCAACAACAACAGCAACCUCAGUCUGGCACUAAGGCAAACAGAGUGACAAGCGUAGCAAAACCCGUUGGAUUAGAUCCGUUGUUAAUAUUGCAAGAACGAGAAAAUAGAGUUGCAGCCCGUAUAUCGCUUAGAAUGGAGCAACUUAGCAAUCUACCAACAAACAUGCCAGAAGAUCUUCGUAUACAAGCGCAGAUCGAAUUGCGCAUGCUAAGAGUAUUAAACUUUCAGAGACAAUUAAGAUCAGAGAUUAUAGCAUGUACUCGGAAAGAUACCACUUUAGAAACUGCCGUAAAUGUGAAAGCUUAUAAACGUACGAAACGGCAAGGAUUGCGCGAAGCUAGAGCUACUGAAAAAUUAGAAAAGCAACAGAAAUUGGAAGCAGAACGUAAACGAAGACAGAAACAUCAAGAAUUUCUUAGUUCCGUACUACAACAUGGCAAAGACUUCAAAGAAUUUCAUCGCAAUAAUGUCGCGAAAUUGGCUAGACUUAAUAAAGCUGUGCUUAACUAUCACGCAAAUGCUGAACGUGAACAGAAGAAAGAGCAAGAACGCAUUGAGAAAGAGCGUAUGCGUCGUCUUAUGGCGGAAGAUGAAGAAGGAUACAGAAAAUUAAUCGAUCAAAAGAAGGAUAAGCGUUUAGCAUUCUUGCUAUCCCAAACCGAUGAGUAUAUCAGUAAUCUUACGGAAAUGGUCAAACAACACAAAAUAGAACAAAAGAGAAAGCAAGUCGAAGAACAAAAGCGUAAGAAGAAAAAGAAGAAAUUACAAGAUAGUGAGAAUGCUGAAGAUGGUGGAUCCAAUGAUGAUACUCGUGUUGGUGUAAUAGAAACAUCCACUGGUCGCACAUUAACUGGCGACGAAGCACCAUUAAUGAGUCAAUUGUCAGCAUUUUUAGAAGCUCAUCCUGGAUGGGAGCCAAUUGAAUCGGAUAGUGAAGAUGAUGAUGACUAUGAUGAAGAGGAAAACGGAGAAAGCAAGGAUAAAACAAUGGGUGAUUCUGAAGAAGAAAAGGUAAAGAAAACGAUACAUAAAGCAAAAGUGGAAGAUGACGAAUAUAAAACAGAAGAACAAACAUACUAUAGUAUUGCUCAUACAGUUCAUGAGGUUGUUACUGAACAAGCAAGCAUCAUGGUGAAUGGACAAUUGAAAGAAUAUCAAAUUAAGGGUCUGGAAUGGUUAGUAUCAUUGUUUAACAACAAUCUGAAUGGCAUUUUGGCGGACGAAAUGGGUCUCGGUAAAACAAUUCAGACCAUUGCUCUAGUAACAUAUCUCAUGGAAAAGAAGAAAGUUAAUGGUCCAUUUCUCAUCAUUGUUCCAUUAUCGACAUUAUCAAAUUGGGUUCUUGAAUUUGAAAAAUGGGCACCAAGUGUUGUUGUAGUGUCGUACAAAGGUUCUCCAGCUGGCAGAAGAGCGAUACAAUCUCAGAUGCGAGCUACAAAAUUCAAUGUUCUUUUAACGACUUACGAAUAUGUCAUAAAAGACAAGGGUGUGUUAGCCAAACUGCAGUGGAAAUAUAUGAUCAUUGAUGAAGGACACAGGAUGAAAAAUCACCAUUGCAAACUUACUCAAGUGCUGAAUACACAUUAUUUGGCUCCUCAUCGACUAUUGUUAACCGGUACACCAUUGCAAAAUAAAUUGCCAGAACUGUGGGCUCUUCUGAAUUUCUUGUUGCCUUCAAUCUUUAAAUCCUGCAGUACAUUUGAACAGUGGUUUAACGCUCCUUUCGCGACUACUGGCGAGAAGGUGGAGCUAAAUGAAGAAGAAACUAUUUUGAUUAUUCGUCGUUUGCACAAAGUAUUGCGGCCUUUCCUAUUGAGACGUUUGAAGAAAGAAGUAGAAUCGCAACUACCUGACAAAGUGGAAUACAUUAUCAAAUGCGAUAUGUCCGGCCUACAAAAAGUUCUUUAUAAGCAUAUGCAAAGUAAAGGUGUACUACUAACCGAUGGAUCGGAAAAGGGAAAGCAAGGAAAAGGUGGUGCCAAAGCUCUUAUGAAUACAAUCGUACAACUGAGAAAACUAUGCAAUCAUCCAUUUAUGUUCCAAGCUAUAGAAGAGAAAUACUGCGAACAUGUAGGCACGCAAGGUUCUGGUGUUAUUACUGGGCCCGAUUUAUAUCGCGCGUCUGGAAAAUUCGAGCUUUUGGAUCGUAUUCUUCCUAAAUUGAAGGCUACGAAUCAUAGAGUAUUAUUGUUUUGUCAAAUGACUCAAUUAAUGACAAUUAUGGAAGAUUAUUUAAGUUGGCGAGGAUUUAUGUAUUUACGAUUGGACGGGACAACAAAAGCGGAAGAUAGAGGAGAUCUGUUAAAGAAAUUUAACGAUCCCGGUUCAGAAUAUUUCCUUUUCUUACUAUCCACACGUGCUGGUGGUCUUGGUUUAAAUCUUCAAGCUGCUGAUACAGUUAUCAUCUUUGACUCUGACUGGAAUCCUCAUCAGGAUCUGCAAGCUCAAGACAGAGCACAUAGAAUUGGACAGAAGAAUGAAGUGCGCGUACUUCGAUUAAUGACUGUCAAUUCCGUCGAAGAGCGAAUAUUAGCAGCAGCAAGAUAUAAAUUAAAUAUGGACGAGAAAGUUAUUCAAGCUGGUAUGUUCGAUCAGAAAUCUACUGGCUCUGAGCGACAGCAGUUCCUUCAGAGUAUCUUACAUCAAGACGAUGCUGACGAUGAGGAAGAGAACGAAGUGCCCGACGACGAGACUGUAAAUCAAAUGAUUGCUAGGACAGAAGGUGAAUUCGAAAUAUUCCAGAAAUUAGAUUUGGAACGGCGACGUGAGGAGGCCAAGUUGGGUCCAAAUCGCAAAUCGCGGCUGCUAGAGGAAGCUGAGUUGCCCGAUUGGUUGGUAAAGGACGACGACGAAGUGGAAAGAUGGACCUACGAAGAGGACGAAGACAGAUUCCUUGGAAGAGGUUCAAGGCAACGUAAAGAAGUUGAUUAUACAGACAGUUUAACCGAGAAAGAAUGGUUGAAGGCAAUUGACGAUGAUGGUGCCGAGUAUGAAGAGGAGGAAGAAGACGAUAAGAAAAAGAAAAAGACACGGAAACGAAAGAAGAAAGGUGAGGAGGACGAUGAGCCUAUGCCGAAGAAACGAAGAGGUGCCGGGUCCCUGGUCGAUCCUAAAAUGAAACGGGCUAUGAAGAAACUAAUUACAUUAGUUGUUAAUUAUACCGAUAGUACUGAUGGCCGAUUGUUGAGUGAACCUUUUAUGAAAUUACCUUCAAGAAGAGAAUUACCGGACUAUUAUGAAAUCAUUAAAAAACCUUUGACUAUUAAUAAGCUAUUGCAGAAGAUCGAGGAGGGCAAAUAUGCUGAUUUAGACGAGCUUGAGAAAGAUUUUAUGCAACUUUGUAAAAACGCUCAAAUUUAUAAUGAAGAAGCAUCUCUAAUUCACGAAGACUCGAUAGUGUUGCAAUCCGUCUUUACAAAUGCGCGUCAGCGUCUUGAAGAGGAAGGUAAUAAUUCCGAUGGAGAUGAUAAAGAUGGUGAAGAUGGUUCAGACGCGGAUUCUAGUGUAAGAAUGAAAAUUAAACUAAAAGGAAGAAAGGGUGAGGGAAGAGGCGGCCGUAGAAAGAGAGUUACUAAAAAAUAUAUAUCCGACGAUGAUGAUGAUGCCGAUGAUAACUAAGAAGUAUUGUGAUGCUUUUUGAAGCUAACAAUUAUAACAUAAUUUAAAUAUUUAAUCAAAUUAUUUCGAUUAUGUCAAUAUUUGAAAUAAUAGCAGAAUCUUAUUAAAGUACAACCAAGAAUUGUAUGUAUCGCAACUCGAUUGUCGCAGUGGAGUACUGCUGUAUUAUUGUAAACUUUUAAUGUGUUGUUAAUUUUUAUAAUUAGUGAACUCAUCGAUAAAUAUUGAAUGGCGAAUAUUAUCAUAAGUCUUAUUUAGAUAUAUGUAUCUCGAUAUAAGAACAGACAUAAUGUGUUGUAACUUUUACUUCGGAUAAAUUUGUGAGUAACCAACAUCUACAGCAUACUGUACAGAUAAAAGAUUAGCAUUAAGAUUUAUUUCAAAUAUUGUUUUAAUCUCUCUACUUUGCGAUGAAGUCUGAUUGAAUAUUAUAUUUGAACUCCGACCGCUGGGUUUUGUUUCGAAUUCGCGUUUCGAAUUUAUUUUACUAUCGGGGAUAGCGCAGACAUUUGGGUACGUUACUCUAUGCCUCGCCGCAGUAAUACAAUGUAUGUUAGAUUUCUAUAAGUGAUCACAGAUAUACAUAUGCACAGUAAAGAAAGAAAUUUUUAGUUUGCUGAAAUGGUAUAAUCAUUUUGCAAAUAUUUUGCGACACAAUUGUGGGUAUAUUGGAGAUGUUAGUCAAUUUCACUGGCAAAUAAUUUAUCGCUAGACAUCGGAUUUUUUAUGCAGAUUAUUGGAAAAGAGCAAUUAAUAUUUAGGUUAUUUAUAAUAUCUAACAUAUUUAUACUGCAACCAUUGAAAUAUAUACAUACUAGAACGCGCACUGGCAGUCGAAACACGAGAGAAGGAUAGGUGCUGUCAGAGAGGCCAUUUAUCGUACACUAGCAUGCGUACAAAGUUAGAAAAAGACAGGUGGCCCCCUUGAAGCGUUAAAUAAGAGUCUAUCCUUCUCUCGUUUUCCACUUAGUUGUAGUAUAGGCAUUGCGCGUUCAAGUGUGUAUAUAUUUCAGUGACUGUAAUAUAUGUUGUAGUAUAAAUAUGUUAGAAGUAACUUAAAUUUAGUUUGUUGCUCUUUCCCAGCAAUCUAUUGCAUAUAAAAAAUCCGAUGUCUAUUUAUCACUAUUGACACUGUUAGCAAAUUAAUCUAUAUUAAUUUUUGAAGCUUUAUCUCACACACAGAUGUGUCAUUAUUUAGUUGGAUCGCAUAAAUAUAAUGGUAUAUAGGUAUAAUGUUCAUUUAUACAUAUAUCACGACGAUUAUCCUUAUUCGGUAUAAAAUUAUAAACAAAAAUUUUUACCUGGCAAUAAUUUUGAUAUUUAAACUUGACAAACUUAAAAAUAUUUAUGUCGCAGUUUUUGCAUUUAAAAAAUUAAUCAUAAUUUUGGAACUUUGUAUUUUUUCUAAUCACAGCUGCUCUUGGAAUAAAUUCAUUGGCGCGUGAUGCGAUACGAUGCUGACCUACAUUAUUAUGUAGGUCGACAUCGUAUCGUAUUACUCGACCAAUCAAUAUUAAUGGGUUUUACUACAGGCAACUUAAUUUACUGAACACUGAUGGUUCUAUCUUUUUUUUUUUGUUGUACUUUCGAUUUCCACUUUAUUUUACUUAUCAAAUUUAAUUAUUGUCUAUUUCUUCGCGGCAAAAUAUAAGGACUACUUGUCAACACCUUAGAAGAGUAGUUCGCAAAUUGCGGUGAUCGAUGCAGCGAGUAUUCUGUAUAUAAUUGCCACGUGAUAAUGAUUUUUAAAUAUUAUACAAAUGUAUCUUUGGUAUGAUAUAUUCAUUUUAUCGAUGAUGAAUAUAUUAUAUGAUAGUUAGGAUACGAUAUAUAUUUAUCAUGGUAUAUUUAUACUAGAGUUUCAACUUUUUGAUUUUUUACAUACCAGAUUAAGGUAAGCCAUUAUACAUAUUCAUAACGAAUUUAUCAUAAUUUCUUCAAGGUUUAUAGUGACAACAGUGAAUGUAACUCGCAUGUGCGCAAAUGUAACAUACUCGAAAAGUAUUCCAAAAAUAAAUUAUAGUGCAUUGAAUCAGCUACGUUAGGUAUAAGUAGAUAAUGCGUGAAUAAAGAGAGAAAGAUGUGUGAAAAUCGGAUAAAAUCUUACAAAUUACAAUUUCUCUAUGUGAAACUACUCUUUCUCCAAAUAAAAGUUACACUCUUUAUAUAA